UGUCCGUCAGCGCAAAGGACGUUCAUUGGUCUAAAUAACUCAAAUUGGGCGUGACGGUAUUUGUUGUUGUUUCUGGGGCAAGAAGUAGCUAGCUGGUUAGAACAGUCGGCUAUUUAAGAAUAUAUUUCGUUUAAAUAAUUUCAUCCAAAAUAACUGUUCGUCGUGCUCAUUAUAUGAUAGCGUUGGUUACGUGAAGAGUCGGUGGGAAAGAUCGGUGUGGAAUUUUCACUUGUAUUUGUUUUUAUUACGUUUUUCCAAAGAAGAUGGACAGUCAGUACCAGCGCUCUGUACCACUGGAAGUGAGGAGGGCAGAGGGUGAGAGGGUGCGAGCCAAGCAUCCCGACAAGAUACCAAUCAUUGUGGAGAGGGCUACCAGGUCGAGAGCUCCUGACCUGGACAAGAAGAAGUACCUUGUGCCCUCUGACCUCACAGUGGGUCAACUGUGCUUCCUGAUCCGACAACGUGUGUCUAUGAGACCUGAGGAGGCUCUCUUCUUCUUCGUAAACAACUCCCUUCCCCCAUCCAGUUCUCCUCUCUCUGCUGUCUAUGAGGAGCACCAUGAAGAGGACCUGUUCCUAUACAUGACCUACAGUAACGAGAGCGUCUACGGUGCCUGAGUCGGGACAAAAGGAGGAAAGAGAGAGAGAGACAGGAGAUGGGAGAGAACUCUUUGUAAUGUUUCAUCCCUAUUAUUCUUUAAGUAUUUAGGAAAUGGCGGUGGGGAGAUGGCGGUGGGGAGGAGAUGGCGGUGGGGAGGAGAUGGCGGUGGGGAGGAGAGUUUGGUGGGUUUUGUCGGUAUUUUUGGGGUGAUUAUAUUCUGUGUCAGUAUGCUCUCAACCAUGGUAAGGCAUUCUAAAUUUGAAAAAUAACGGGGUAAUUGGAAAUAGGGGGAGUGAAAAAUAUAUUUCAAUAAAAGAAGAGUGUUAAGGGGAAAGCUCUUUUAAUUUCUAUUUUUCUUUCUCAGCCAGCCAUCUGUAUUUAAGGCAAAUAGUAUUUUUUUUGUGUAAAUUAAUAUCAUGGACUUUUGUGGAAAAUAAAAUCCGAAAUGCAUGGUU